AAAAUUAUUUUAUUCUAUUAUAAAACCAACAAUUUUAUUGAGCGUUGCAAUGGAUUCAUUUUAUUUCAUAAUCUUGAUGUACUUAUUCAUUUUGGCCUGCUUGACACCGGGAUUGGAUACCGCCCUAAACUUAAUCAAAAUCGGCUCCUCAGUUGUCUAUAUUGCUUCAAGGUUAUUCAUUUAUUGUUAUCUAUUUGAAAAUAUAAACAUACAAAGAGAAUUGGUCAACUUUAGCAUAUACUCUUGUAAAUGGACAAAGAUGGAUUUAAAAUUCAAGAAGUUGUUAUUAUUUACAAUGCGGAUGAAUGAUGCGAAUCAAAUGGUGAUAAGAGCUUCACCGAAAAGAAUCAUCAACUUACAACUAUUUGCUAAUAUUAUAUCAACGUCUUUCAACAUGGUCCCUGUCUUGUUGAAAAUCACUAACUCAGAAAAUCACAAGCCACAAGAAUCUUAAACUUUAAACAUUAUAUCACUUCAAUAUGUAUAUACUAUUAAGUGUUUUAUAAA